AUGCCUAGCUCCUAUACUGGAGUUGUAAUUCUCCUCUUAUUAGGGACUUCUAUGUCAGUAUCCGGUACCGCGGAUGCUGCCAAGUCUCUGAGAGCGGCGAAGGCCAGACUCAGAUCGUCUUACGCAUCGUGGCGGAUAGUGGUAUGUUUAACUCAGCCUCAGACUCCUUUCAAGGCAGACGUACAGAAAGCAUGGGAGGAAGCGAGACUGGAAUCUUUUCAUGCGGACAUGGAUGUGUCAUAUGUAGAAACAAGGAUGACACCCAUGACAGAUUCCUUGUUAUAUCCCUUGUCAGUGUUAAACAAAUUUUGUACAGACAUCGAAGGCGGAAAGACAGUAUUAAGCCUUAUUAUAGGGGGAGGAUCGGCAGCCAGAUUUCUCGUUACGGCUGCUGCUGCCUUGAACCUUCCAGCUCUGUGGUUACCGUUUACGCACAGAGACUUUCUUCGCCAGGGAAAUCUUGGCCGGUUUGAGAACCGUAUAGGUUCGAGUCCCAAAGAAGUCGGAGCAGCAGCUGCCGCUUUAAUGCAUCGGGCUAAUUGGCAUGCGUUUACUCUUCUCAUUGAUACUACUCUCCUACCCGUCACUCAUCUUUUACAAACGAAUCCACCAACGUUAACACCUCGUGCAAUUAUACACCUUCCAACAAACGACAGAACUCUAAGAUUAAGGCUGAGGCGAGUAGCCGAAGAAAGUGGCAGUGGCGGAGUCGUAGUAAUGGCCUGCGAUCUAAACAACGCCCGAAAGAUUCUCGGUGCAGCCGGCAAGUUCGAGAUGCUCUCGGGCAGAUUCUUGUGGCUUUGGCUAGAUCUUAAGGCGGAACUGCGACCGAACGAGCCCAACAUCAUCAGUUCGCAUCUUCUUCACAGUUCGCGUGUUGCCGUUGCGACCAACGAAAAUUUACCGCUGUUGCGAACGAUAAAUCUCGUGUCAGAUGAUAAGCGACUGCCCUCACUGAAUCCGCUACAGAGUCUGACCAACGAUAUACAUCGGCUGCAAGAGUAUAGAUGGCGAGAUGAAAAGAUCGUGACCAAGCGAGAGGAUAAAAGCUUCAAUUUUGAGGACGAAGAGGAGGUCGUGAAACUCCCAAGUGACAGAGAACUUAAUUCCAAAAGUUUCAUGCCGAUCGGAAUGCUUGCGCUCAGACCGUCUGGUAUCAAAAUCAUGGGCGGUGACACCAUACUAACUAGAAUGCUGAGAGAGACCUCGCAGGCUUUGGACGAGACUUUCCUGGAAACAAAAACGAGGCUGGGUCGUAUGCGCGAAGCGCAGAUCAAAGAACACUUUGUACCGGAAUGCUACUCGGAUCGUAAUACUAAAUUCAUGAAGAGCGACGCGCGAGAAAAUGUAUCUGCAAUUUUGACGAGUAAGUUGAGGAAAUCCAUGGGACAAAUCUCCAAGGACAAGGCAGAAUUCCAAUUGCUGAAUUUGCAAGCUGUCAGGUUUCCCGGGAAUAAGACUCAAUUAAGGUGGACUAAGGUCGGUACUAUCAAGGGAGGCAGGGAAGUCCGUUUAGAUACCAUAAUCUGGCCGGGCGGCGGCAUCAUGCCGGCAUAUCUUGAACAGGGCGGCGAAAAGAUCGGAAUGCCGAUUUAUAGUAUCGUGACCGUACAGGCAUCACCGUUCACCAUGAUCACGAAUUUACAAGAUGGUUUCUGUUUGCGCGGCCUCACCUGCCGGCAAGGUAAAACUGUGAUGUGCUGUUACGGCCUGAGUAUGGAUCUGCUGUCUUUAGUGGCGCGCGAGCUUGGAUUUCGUUUCAAUCUAUAUCUAGCGGAGGACGGAUUGUUUGGUAAACAGAACAAUCGGAACGGCACAUGGAACGGCGUGAUGGGUGAGCUGGUGUCUGGUCGGGCACAGCUAGCGUUUGCGGCCUUGAGUGUAUCUACCCAUCGUGCCAAAGUGGUGGAUUUCACCACGCCGUACUACUUCAGCGGCGUGAGUUUUCUCACGGCGCCGAAACUACGUUCUGAGAUACCGCUAUUUGCGUUUCUGUUCCCGUUCAGCACGGAGUUGUGGAUCGCCGUGUUUACGUCACUGAAUCUCACCGCGAUCGCCGUCGCUCUCUACGAAUGGUUUAGCCCGUUCGGCUUGAAUCCCUGGGGCAGGCAGCGCAGUAAGAACUUCUCCAUCGCUUCCGCGUUGUGGGUGAUGUGGGGCCUUCUGUGCGGCCACCUCGUGGCCUUCAAGGCGCCAAAGUCUUGGCCUAACAAGUUCCUUAUUAAUAUUUGGGGCGGCUUCUCCGUUAUCUUUGUGGCCUCGUACACGGCUAAUAUAGCUGCCCUUAUCGCCGGUCUCUUUUUUCAUUCUGCAGUGAGCAACUAUCAUGAUAAAAGCUUGUUGUCACAAAGAGUUGGUGCGCCGAGAGCUUCUGCGGCCGAAUAUUACGUGCAAAAAGCGAAUCCCGAAUUAUGGUCCCACAUGGCUCGAUAUUCCUUGUCGAAUGUCGCCGAGGGCGUAGAAAAAUUGAGAAACGGCACUCUGGACAUCUUAAUCUCGGACACGCCGAUUCUGGAUUAUUAUCGGGCGACUGACAACGGUUGCCGCUUGCAGAAAAUCGGCGAUACUAUCAACGAGGACACUUAUGCAAUCGCGCUUACGCGAGGACAUCCCUUGAAAGAAAGCAUAUCUAAAGUUAUAGCGAACUAUACAAGCAACGGGUUGCUCGACAUUUUGCAAGAAAAAUGGUACGGCGAUCUACCUUGUCUAAGCGGUCGAGCAGGGAUGGACUUAGAUUUUGAUCCGGGUGGUCAACCCAGGCCACUGGGAGUCGCAUCCGUGGCCGGAGUAUUUUGCCUGCUCGGAAUGGGUGUGGUGCUUGGAUCCAUUAUAUUAGCGGGAGAACAUCUCUUCUACAAAUACACGCUGCCGCGAUUACGGCAUAGACCGGAGGAUUCCAUCUGGCGUAGCCGCAACGUCAUGUUCUUCUCGCAGAAGCUGUACAGGUUUAUCAACUGUGUGGAACUGGUCUCGCCGCAUCAUGCUGCUCGCGAAUUGGUGCACACGGUGCGACAAGGCCAGAUCGCAUCGCUUUUCCAGAAAAGCGUUAAACGAAAGGAACAUGAACAACGUCGCAGACGUAAGAGCAAAGCACAAUUCUUCGAGAUGAUUCAGGAAAUUCGAAGAGUACAACAAGAAGAAAAGAUCGAGACGGUACCCGAGGAGAACGAUACCGCCAAGACUGUGAAAAAAGAUGAGAAAUUGGGAAAAGGUAGAGAGAGAAGUCGCAGCAAGAGUCCGCUGAUGCCUCGAAGUCCUAAACGAUCGGAGAAGAGUAGAAGUUCGACGAAUUUGUCGGCAUCUCGUCUAGGAUUGUCGCCGGUGAGUCUCGAUGCGCCGAUGAAGCCGCGCGAGUUCACACUCAGCAGCACUAAUUUGCGCGCGAGGAGUCCACUAGAGACGGUAGGCCGUAGAUUGAGCCACGGAGACGGUGGAUCGCCGCCACCGCGUCUUGCUAGCUUCGGCGGCAGUGCGACUCUGCGUCCGUUAGUACCUACUAGAAGCGAUUCGGCCGGCACACCGACCAUUCGUCGUGAUUCUACCGCUGGGGGCGGCGGCGUGCCAACGCCGAGAUAUCCUCGCAGCCCGGCCAAGCGAGGCCAAUCCUUCCCGGUAUUCGCCACUUUGAGACCUCCGCACUCGGCUGGCUAUCAGUCGAGGAGCCCGUUAUUGUCGCCGAACAGCGAACUCACAUCCGCCAUCGGGAGAAAAUUAUCGCGCGAAUGGGGCUCCGGAACUAUUGACCUCACCAGGUCUUCGGAGGCUAUAGGCAGCAGUAGUGGCGGCGGUGGAGGUGGUAGUCGUGGUUCAACGUAUACCCUGAAUCAGGAAAUGACGUUUUCCUUGAGUCGUUCCGGCGAAGAGAAGACCCAAGAGGAAGCGUUGUCGAUCAAGAAGCCCAUCCGACGCGCCAGGAGUCAUGAGAAUCGCGACAGUAGUAAGUUAAUGGCAGAUCUGCCGUCGCCGAGAUUGACCCAGCCAGUGGUGGGCGGUCAGUUUGUAAGCGAGCGAACCAAGAAACAGCUGGACUCCGAGCUGAAGGCCAUUCUAACUGCCAGGGCCCACCACCGCGAUCUGCAUCCUCCUUGAUAGGAGACCGCCCCAUAUUAAGGGAGAGUUCUUGAAAGCAGUUCGGCUUUUGGAGGAUUGCUGAGCCUUUGAGGGGCUUUGGUUGAUUUUAAGCAAUAUCAGAUUUAUAGGUCAAUUUGUUAGAGGAAUCCGACAAUUUAUCGGAAAAAUUAAGAACUAGUCACAGGCACGGCGAUGCGAGUAAAUGGAAAGAAUUUUCUGCUGUUGGAGUGAGG